AACAACAAACCAAGAGAAAAAUAACUUAAUGAGCUGGAAGAAUAGUUGUUAGGGAACAAAUAAUAACAGGAAUGUAAUUUUGCCCUGGCAAUUUCAUUAAUGGGAAUUGUGCAAUUCUGGCAUAAAUUGCUGUCAUGCCUCUGGUAGGAGGGUAUAAAAGUCUCCAUACAGAUGGUGCCAGACACACUCCUACAACCUUCCCUUGACAUCCAUCCAACUCCGUGAAUCCUGACACCAUGAGCUACUACGGCGGCUACUAUGGAGGCCUGGGCUAUGGCUAUGGCUCUGGUUAUGGCUGCGGAUGUGGCAGCUUCCGUGGCCUAGGCUAUGGCUGUGGAGGUUGUGGCUAUGGAGGCUAUGGCUAUGGUAGCUAUGGCUAUGGUGGCUAUGGAGGUCUGGGCUAUGGUGGCUAUGGCUGCUGCCGCCCAUCUUGCUGUGGAAGAUAUUAUUCCUAUGGUUUCUACUGAAAAAAUCACUUGUUCCUGGCCUGUCUUGGAAUCCUUGUUCCUCCCUUCUUUGGACUAAUUCCAUAGCAUCGUAAGGACAUUCCAUCUGCCUCUACAGCCGGCUGGCAUGGGAGAGCUACCACCAGACGACUUAGGAAUAAAUGAGUCCUAGUUGGAGCAUUGAGGAGGAUGGGUCUGAGAAGUGGCAGGACCUCCCCUUUGGGAAAUGAUGCAGUUUCACCUUUCCUGGGGGCUCCAUUUUCAGCAAGUUUGCUCAUCAGACACAACAGCUGAGGUGUCUGUUAAACUUUUUGAAUAAACUUGGUGCACUUGCUU